AUGUUUAAAUUUAUAUUUCCACAAAGUAGAAAUACAUUUCACGGUUUAAAAUAUCUAUCCACUACUCAUAGAUAUUAUCGCACUAAAUAUAGGAAGAAGGUUAGCAUCGAAUUGAACAAACCGUCGAUUUAUGAGGAUAGAAGAACAGCGCCAAGUAAACUUCUUAAGGCAAACCUGUUUACUCCAGAAUCGGCGGGAUACAGAGAGUUGUCGAUGCUCUGUUUCUGGAUAGUAAACUAUGGAUACGCAGAUUACUCAAUACUAACGAGAUACGUCCAAUGUGCAACAGAUAAUAUUAGGAAGUUGAAGAUAAAGAGCAUAGCACUCAUAUUCCACGCAGUUUCUAAGUAUUUGUACGAUAAUGAUAUAACACUGGUAGAAUCUGAUAAGAUUGAGGACCCAGAAACGGAGAAUAAAAACAGACAGAUGUUAAUUGGUAGGUGUGUACAGAUGAUAGUUAACGCAUCACAGCUCAUGCCGAACCUAUUCGUGAAUGCAGUUCCAAAGGACCUGGGAAUGAUAUCGCUUUCAAUAAUAAACAUAUAUCAAAUGUUUAUGAAUGAGUCUGACAAAAAUACAAAAUCGCAGUCAGAAAACAUAAAAAGAAUUAAUAGUAUAGUAAAUAAAUUACUUCAAAGACUAUCGCAAGAAAUAAUACCUAAGCUGCCAUUCUGCGAAUUAGAUGAGUUUGCAGCAUACGCAAAGGCGUUCUCGAAAGUUAACACAGAUUGGUCAAGCCACUUUAUGAGAGAAUUAUCGCAUGAAACAUCGAGUCUGUUGAUGGAUAAGAUAGAGGACCUGGAAAUGCUGGCAAGGAAUAAGUUCGUAGGGGAGGACCUGAUAGAGCAGUUGAAUAAGCUGCCAAGGGACCUGGCGACGAUAACAUGUACACUUUCAAAAUCGAACACAAGCGACACUAAGUUUUGGGAAAGAUCAGGGAAGGUGACGAGUCUGCUGCUGAAGAUGAAGAAUAAAGGGUACGGAAUCAGAGAGCUGGACAUAACAACACUGACGCUGCUGUGCACGUCAAUGAGUAGACACGUUGAUGUGAGGCCGAUAGUAGAAGAGAUGCUAAGCGUACUGCCAUCUACAAAAUUGGAAUCAACCGUAAAAAAUGAGGUCAAUUCAGGUAUACUGGUUGGAUUUAGUACCAGCAUAAGGAAUCUGAAAGAUGAAGUGCUCGCAGAGAAGUUUUUAAAAAAACUGAACACAAAGGAGCUGAUCAACAUGAAUACGAGGCUAGUGUCGCAAUUUAUAGUAACCUUUGGGAGGAGUGGAUUAACGGGAAACACAGAAGUAAGAGACGGGAUAAUAUCACUGCUGGACAACGAGUUGGAAGGACAAAUGUUAACCUCAAUCUAUAUAUCAAGAAAAGCAUUGAAUGUUCCAGUGAACAGAGUAAUUGAGUUGUGCAAAAGGCUGUCAGCAAGUCUUAAUGAUGUUGAAACAACUACUCUGGUGAGCAUCUUGAUGAGCAGUAUAGACUUAGUACAAACUGGCUGCCACAGUGGUACCAAUAAUAUCUGCGAUGAAGUUAGAAGCAUGUGCAACCAAGUAAUAGAAGUGUUAAGCAGCAGAGUUGACCAGAUACCACUAAAAAUGACGCUGCCGUUGCUUUCAUUGGUUCUGAAUGCCUUCGGAGGCAGUACAGUGCUAAUAAGUAGAUUGUGUAAGAAGAUAGAUGAAAAUUUUAACGAUUUUGACAUUGUGGAGAUGGUGUCCCUGACUAAUGAAAUAAGUUCAAUGGGAUUGAAUGUAAAUAAACUAUUCAGCAAAAAUAUAAUGAAAAUAAGAGGAUCGGUAAGAGUAGAAUUGGGCGAUGACUAUAUUAUGAGUGAAAAAAGUAACAUAGACCGUGACACGGUCAGAACAGAUACGAAAAUAGAUUUUGCCGAAAGAGAUGAAACUGAGACAGCUGUCAUUGCAAAGUGCACGCUAGCGAAGGGCGAAGGUGUGAACAUGUUGAACAUAGAAGACUUUGAAGACGAAUAUGAACCGGAGAACAGCUUCGAGCUGACAAAGUACCCGUCAAGUGGGCAGAAACAGGAACUUAAGGGCAACGCGGAGGACAGCAUUGAGUCAAGGUCCCUCAAGGCUGUAUCACGCAGCUCCACAACGGAGGAGCUGAAGAGAGAAUGGGCUAAUUUGAGGCAAACCGUCCACUGA